GGAGGCCAAUACACCCCCAGUGCAGCGGAGCAGACCGUCAUCGCACAGAGCCAGCACCACCAGCAGUACCUGGGUGAGUGAGUAGUGUGUAUGCUUCUGUGUGUGUAGACUAAGUGACUUUCAGCAUCAAUAGAUUGCUACUGUUUGAUGUUCCCAGCAGGCCUUUUUAUGACACAAUAAGUUGUUUGAUACCACUUGAUGAAAGUGCUCCUCCACUGAGUGCUGUAAGCAGUCUGCUAAGGGUUCCCCUGUCGGUUAUAUUCUGCAAUGAACCACUGAUAUGAUUUUCUCAGCCUUCAGAAUGUCCUUGUUAAAAAUCUACCCCAGUGUUUCUCUGCUUUUUACUGGAUUCAUAACGUGAAUUGCUGUUGACCUUGUCAGAUUUCCAUGUGUCUCUCCCUGACAGACGCGUCGCGGGCGCUGCCAGACUUUGCGGAGCUGGACCUGGGAGAGACCAACGUAGACAACAUCAGCCCAGACGACAUCAAAGCUCUCCAGUCACUGCACAGAGAGCACUGUGAGGUCAGAGAUUAUCCAUCACCUCUAACACAGUUCUACAGGAAAGUUUGUAUUAUUCUCUACGGCAGUGGUACUCAUUGCGCACAUGCGGCCCGCGAGCCCUUAAUUUGCUGCUUGCGG